AUGGGAGGUGAAGCAAAAGUUAAAAGCAAUUUUACAAAUAUCAAAAAUUACUUUUUGAUCAUUGAGAAGCUUAGAAUAUACCGCAAAUCAAUCCCAACUUCGAAGGCUUCUAGAAGCUGGACUCUAAGUCUAUUUUAUAAACUGGGCUCGGAGGCCCAAUAUUGGGACAUCGGCCGGUGGUGCCAGUGGCAGUUUUUUUCUGGACAAGAAGAAAGGGUCUUCGUUGAUCUCCGCUUGGCCUUCUUGCUCACAAAGAAACUGAAUACUGAUCUGAAAGAGGUUGUCAGAGAUGGAAAGAUUACAGAGAAUGUUCGCCGGUGCCGGAGGGCGUUGGGGCACCCGCCACCGGACUCGCCGACGCUUGAUUCGUCGGAGCAAGUUUACAUCUCUUCGCUUGCCCUACUUAAAAUGCUCAAGCACGGUAGAGCCGGAGUUCCUAUGGAGGUGAUGGGACUGAUGUUGGGUGAAUUUGUGGAUGAGUACACUGUCCGCGUCGUUGAUGUCUUUGCUAUGCCUCAGAGUGGUACCGGCGUAAGUGUUGAAGCCGUCGAUCAUGUUUUCCAGACUAAUAUGCUUGAUAUGCUCAAACAAACAGGAAGGGGGGGUGUGUGUGCUGUGAUGCUUGAAGAGGGAUUAACGGCCUAA